GGUUUUGUGUGUGUUGGGGCAUUGGUUCAAUAGCAAAAAAAAAAUCCAGUGUUAGCUCCAUCAGUGGCCCCAAAGAAUUCAACACUAGCACCACAAGUUAGUCAAUGAGUUACUGUCCAGUUGGAUGUUUGUUCAGAAGUCAGCUAGUGUCAAUUCUCCAUUGAAGAAGUUCUAUUUAGAGAAGUGCAAUUACGUUUAAUGGUAUAAUUUGUGUAUUGAAGUAUUAUAGAGGGAAAAAAAUUCAGUUGAAUUUUGGAUUAUUCCACUCAAAUAUUCAUUUAUUAUCUCUCAAAUCGCGGGGGUGGAGAAGUAAAUUAUAUUCGAGAAUUAAUUUGUGACGACGAAUGCACGAUAUAGGGAGAAAAUGAAUUAAUUAUUCACGAUUUCUGUCUCAUACAAUUUCACACUGAGCUACUGACUCAGAGAAUUCAAGGAAUUUAAUUGGAGAUAAAUCAACCACAUUUGGGAGUUUCCUGGAUAUCGCAAAUUGUCUGAAUAAUCAAGAAUAAAAUUUUGGACAAUGCCCACGAAGGAUACAAGGAUAGAAAUGUCUGCAAUAACGCCUGGAGUUUGCUUAACUGAUACCCAAGCAAUGCUCUCCAAGGCUUUUCAGCAGAGAAACUUGGAUCAAUUCCGCCAAGCCCUAGCACUAAAUGCUGAUCCCCAGCUCAGAGAUUCACGCGGGAAUUUCUCUCUGUUCGAAUCAAUCUGCCAACAGCCUGGAUCAUCAGCCUACAUUGAAGCCUGCAUUAAAUCUGGCAUUACUGAUACCCCUAAUCCCAUCUCCGGGAAACGAGCUAUUAACUUUCUUGCUGAAUCUCUCGAUCCCGCCAACCUGGAGACAUUUCUCAGAUACUUUCCUGACACGGAUGUCAAUGUAACCGAUGAAGAUGAUUCACCCAUUCACCUGAUCCUAAAAAGUCUCACAGAAGAGAAUUUCCGGGAGUGCUUUGAGUGUGUUAAGAUACUCGUGAAAUAUGGUGCUAAUGUGAAUAUUCCGGAUCAAAGAGAACUCACUCCCAUCUUCACCGUGGCUAGGAGUAGGGUAACUGGUCGGGAGGAGAUUAUAAAAUACCUUCUAGACACCUGCCUAGUGGACCUAGAUACCUUCCGGGAUGGUGAAGCUAGGGAAGUUUUGCAGAGAAAGUAUCCACAUAUUUCACUGCCCGCCAAAACUCAAUGUAUCCGGAAUUUUGACUAUUUCGCCAAGAAUCUUAUGGAUCUGCAAUUUUUGAGUGGUUCAGAAAGGCAUAGGGAGGAGAGUCGAUUCCUCCUGGAGCUCAGGCAAUUUUUCACGAGCUCAAAAAAUGGUGAAGAAUGCAAAAAACUCCUCAUAGAUAGCAAUAGCAAUGGCACUCUCCUGGGCAUGGCUAUCAAGGUGGGUUCUAGGGAAGCAGUGAAGGAGAUCUUGAAACGAGGAGCUGAUCCCAAUGGAAGUAAGGGAUCAAAGCAUCCCCUGACCAUUGCUUGUAUCUACGGUCAGUGGGAAGUUCUGGAAGUGCUCCUGGAAUCCAAGACAAUCAAUGUGAAUGACCCAAGUGAUCCUCCUCUGUGUCUGGUUGUGAAAAAACUCGGGGAACCAUCAACAACGUCUCACUGUGACUAUCAAAAAUGCUUCGAUCUACUCGUAAAACAUCCCAAUAUUGAAGUCAAUCAGAAGGAUAAGUGUGGAAGUACUGCCCUUCACUAUGCUGUUAGGUAUAAGGAGGAGAAGGCUAUUCAAGCUCUUCUGGACAAGAAUACCUACCUGGGAAUACGCAAUCGCUUCCAAGAUCUCCCAAUUUCUGACAUCAAUCCGUCCCUGCUCGAGGAAUACUUUGACAACUGCAUCACCACAAAUGGCCGGAGGGCAGGAGAUGAAGAUCUCGAGAUUUACUUUGAUUAUUCAUGCCUCGUGCCACCGGAUGUGUGUGAAACCAGUGAUAAAUUCUGCGAAGAAAUGUCUCCCAUCUACGAAAUGACAAAGAGCACGGAUUUGAGGCAUUUGCUGAAGCAUCCUCUAAUCAGUAGCUUCCUGUUUCUCAAAUGGCAUCGCCUAGGAGCUAUUUUUUAUGCCAAUCUCAUCCUCUACUCCAUAUCCACGCUCACUAUCAUCCUGUACAUCUUGCUCUGCUACGGCCGGAAUGUUUCUCCAGAGCUUUCACUCUCCAUGCUAAUUAUCAGCAGCAUUGGGGUAUUUUUUAUAAUAGCCCGGGAGACUACUCAAUUCAUCACUUCACCGCUACAGUACUUCCGUCAGAUAGAGAAUUAUCUGGAAAUGACGAUAAUAGGGAUUUCCAUCAUUGUUCUGACCGGAUAUCCAGUUUCUGAGCACACCAGAAGGGUCAUUGCAGCAAUUCUCAUCCUACUGUCAUCUGUAGAAUUUUCCCUUUUGGUAGGAUCUCUGCCUCAUCUCUCAAUCUCCACGCAUAUGGUCAUGCUCAAAACCGUCUCAAUCACCUUCAUGCGUAGCCUUAUGCUCUACUCAAUCCUGCUGAUAGCCUUUGCUUUCUGCUUCUACACACUCCUGGGAGGAGUUGGGGACAAUUCUGGAGCUCAAGUGGAGGAUGAAUUUAAUAAAUUCAUGGAUCCCGGAACAGCCAUCAUCAAGACAAUCGUGAUGAUGACGGGAGAGUUUGAAGCUGCAAAUAUUGAGUUCAAAUCUAACACUCUCAGUUACUUCUUUUUCCUCCUGUUUGUCUUCUUCAUGAGCGUCGUGCUCUUCAAUCUCCUCAAUGGUCUGGCCGUGAGUGAUACCCAGGCUAUCAAGGCCGAAGCUGAACUCACAGGUUUCAUCACUCGUGCUGAAGUUCUCAGCCGAUAUGAGAAGAUUGUCUUUGGACACAAUCCCGGUACAUGGUUCAGAAUGAUCUCAGAGGCUUGCUACUUCCGGAGGAUUGCCAGGAAGUUUAUCUGUGUCUUUCCCUUCUACCUACCUGAAAAUAAGCUCGUCCUGAAGCCGAAUCGAGGCAAUAUAAUCUACAACCAUUCGAGCAAUAGCAAAGCCAUGAGGAGCGAAAGUCCCGGUGAUCAAGAGAACGACACUCUCCUGAGUAAAUCCGGAUCUUGUUGCUUCGGCUGUGACAAGUGCACGAGUCUAGAUGGAAAAAUCGUCCGAUACACAAAGCAGGUGAUUGAGAAGAAACACUGGACAGAUCAAUCAAGAAAAGAGAAGCUGCGCUUGGAAAACAUCGAAAUACAGCUAAUGGAUAUUCAAGAAAAACUCCAACGUCUUUUAGGAGAUCGCGUUUAAUUUCAAAAA